UCGUCCUUCUUCGGACCUGUUCUUUGAAUAUCCCUCUCUCUCUCUCUCUCCGGCCGGCAAAACUCCUUCCUCAUCCCAACCGCCAUUGACAUGGACGCCAUUCAAGUUCGGGUAAAGCGAGAAGUAGCCGACAACUUAAACCCCCCUAAUCUAAAUCCGAAACCCCAGCCUUCGAACCCUGCUGCCUUCAUUGAUCUCAGCAGCAGCGACUCCGAUUCCGACGAUUCCUCUUCCUCAUCCUCCUCCUCCGGAACAAACGGGAAGAGGCCCAGGGAUUCGUGCGGGGAGGGUUCGCUCAGCAAGAAGAGUAAGAAACAGGAGAAGCUCGGUGUUGCCCUGCCGUUAGGGUUUCUGGAGCCCCUGCCCCCCAAGAAUGCGCCGUUGCCGGCUCUGCCCCCGCCGCGGCAGUUGGCGGCGGAGAAGGAUCGGGCCGCGCCGCUUGCGAACGGGAAUGGGAAGGGUGGGGAGAUGGUCGAUGGCAGUAGCAAACAGUUCUGGAAGGCGGGUGAUUUCGAGGACGGGAAGGGCGGCGAUUGGGAUAGUUCUUCAGGUGGCAUGGAUCAUGUAAGGGUUCAUCCGAAGUUUCUACAUUCAAAUGCAACAAGUCAUAAGUGGGUUCUUGGUGCUUUUGCGGAGCUCUUGGAUAACUCUUUGGAUGAGGUUUGCAAUGGAGCUACAUUUGUGAACUUAGAUAUGGUGGAAAAUAAGAAAGAUGGAAGCAGAAUGUUGUUGAUUGAAGAUAAUGGCGGUGGCAUGAAUCCAGAUAAGUUGCGGCAUUGCAUGUCCCUUGGGUAUUCUGUGAAGAGCAAAAUAGCAGAUACUAUCGGUCAAUAUGGAAAUGGUUUUAAGACUAGUACCAUGAGGCUUGGAGCUGACGUAAUUGUGUUCUCCCGCUGUGUUGGACAAGAUGGAAAGAGGCCAACACAGAGCAUUGGGUUGUUGUCAUACACUUUUUUGAGGAGCACAGGGAAGGAAGACAUUGUAGUUCCCAUGCUUGACUACGAAGGUGGGGGACAAGAGUGGAACAGAAUGAGAAGAUCCUCUGCCAGUGAUUGGAACACAAAUGUAGAGACAAUUUUGCAAUGGUCUCCUUUUUCAAGCGAAGCAGAACUCCUCCAACAGUUUCCUCAAAUUCCUCAACAGUUCAAUCAGAUGAAAGAUCAUGGUACGCGCAUAAUCAUUUACAACCUUUGGGAGGAUGACCAAGGACAGCUGGAACUUGAUUUUGAUACUGAUCCAUAUGACAUCCAAAUUAGAGGGGUCAACCGAGAUGAGAACAAAAUACUGAUGGCAAAACGAUAUCCCAACUCCAAGCACUUCUUGACGUAUCGACAUUCAUUAAGGAGUUAUGCAUCAAUUCUCUAUCUCAGAAUUCCUCCACGCUUCCGUAUUAUUCUUCGUGGAAAAGAUGUUGUGCACCACAACAUUGUGAAUGAUAUGAUGCAGAUAAAGGAGAUGACUUAUCGCCCCCAGCAUGUUACUGAUGGGGUUCCAAACGAUUCUCAGAUUCUUGCUGUUGUAACCAUUGGGUUUGUGAAAGAUGCUAAAUAUCAUAUUGAUGUUCAAGGAUUCAAUGUUUAUCACAAGAAUCGACUCAUUAAGCCAUUUUGGAGGAUCUGGAAUGCUGCUGGAAGUGAUGGUCGUGGAGUUAUAGGUGUAUUGGAAGCAGAUUUUGUUGAACCAGCUCACGAUAAGCAAGGAUUUGAGCGUACAACAGUUCUUUCUAGACUUGAGACAAGAUUACUGCAGAUGCAAAAGGAUUACUGGAGGGCGAAUGCCCAUACUAUCGGCUAUGCCGCACGCUGUAGUAUGAAGGAAAGAGCGACUUCUCUUGAUUAUCUUCCUGGAAAGCCAUCUCGAUCUUUUAAGAAUAAUGCUGGCUCAAGCAGCAAGGUACCUGUCUCUGUUUCUGAAAAAUUGCGCUCUCCGACGAAUCAAAAGCAAGGAGUAUCCCAAAGAUAUCUCAAAACAGCUGACAAGAGUCACGCGAAUGGACAUGCUUACACCAAUGGGGGAAAUGGAACUGAGACCCGUGCUAAACUUCAGAAAGGAUCAAGCUAUUUAGAACCAUUAUCACCUUCUGAAGAGGACGUUAGUGACAAUGAGAUGCAUGCCUUACCCAAGAGACGAGCAAAAGGUGGUUCUCGAAAGGAAGAUGAUGUUCAUGGCUCCACUUUACAUGCUUUAGAGCGGUUGAAGGAAGAGAACCGCCAGUUGACAGAAAGGUUGAAACAAAAGGAAGAAGUGAUUUUAGGUGAUUUGCAGCGUGAUAUACGGACUGAAAGAGACAGGUGUAAGUCACUUGAAACCAAGCUCGAGGAGGCAUCACUAAAGAUCGAGGAAAUGAACAAAGAACAGGAGAAUUUAAUAGAUAUUUUCUCGGAGGAGAGGGAGCGACGAGACAUUGAGGAGGAAAAUCUGAGAACCAAGUUGAAGGAGGCAUCAAAUACCAUCAAAGAGUUGAUUGACAAGGUGAGGCGGUUGGAGAAGACGAAGAACAUCCCUCCCAGUAAGGUUGAUUAUUUAACCUUGGAAAAGGAUCGCUGACCUCUUUUUUUUCAUUACCCUAACCUUGUGUUUGUAGUGUAGAGAGAGUGCUAGUCCAGGAAAAAGUCGAUGAGAAUGGCAUCGAUGCCGAGUUUGUUGUAAUGAAAUGAAGCACCGUAGCUAAUACUCUUAAGUUUAUUUAGCGUGUAAAGCCGAUUUCUGUUGCC